AUGCAUUGUUCGUCUCCAAAAAUGGUUUGCGAGACUAAAAUUGUUGCGGAUGAACACGAUGCCAUACAAGGGACCAAAAAAGAUUCUAUUAUCGUUUCCUCCUCGCAAAUGUGGACUUCUUCCACACCGGCACCGAAUCCUAUCGAGGAAAAUGAUGUGAGGAAAGAUACGGUUUUUAUCCGUGAGUUUGAGCGCACGGACCAUGUGGAGGUGCGCCGCAUCUUUUAUGAGGGGAUCAUGGAGAGAAUACCCAACACCGCAUUCAGAGGCAUAUUACAGCAAAGUCAAACCCAAUUCUUAUAUAUUCUUCUGACACUAAUGUGCUUUGUUGUGAGCAAAUCCCUCGCGCUGACCUGCUGUGCGCCGUUCGUUCUCAUGGCCGCGCGCUACUUCUACAGCAGCAAAGUUAUCCACAACUAUCUGGCCUGCGCGCUCCGAACAGACAUGGCGGACAUCGAGGAGUAUUACAUGAAACCCACAGGCUCGUGUUUCUGGGUGGCAGUGCUGGAGGGUCAGGUGGUCGGCAUCGUGGCGGCGCAGGGCCGGGAGGACGAUAACACGGUGGAGCUGCGCCGCAUGUCGGUGGACUCGCGCUUCCGCGGCAAGGGCAUCGCCAAGGUGCUGGGGCGCCGCGUGCUGGAGUUCGCCGUGCACAACAACUACGCCGCAGUUGUCCUGGGAACCACCGCCGUCAAAAUGGCCGCCCACAAGCUGUACGAGUCACUGGGCUUCCGGCGGACGGGCGGGAGCGAGGACUACAUGCUGCCUGGCAUGAGCGGCUCGCCGCUUGAGAGGCUCUUCUUUCAGAUCCGUUACCAGCGUUACCGCCUGCAGCUCCGCGAGGAGUGA